AUGGCUCCGGUAUUUCACAUCCAAGUCGUCGACCUACCCUUUCCAUUCACAGACUACAUCGAGGCCAACGUGCCCAUUUUCGCACCCCCGUCAGAAUAUCCUGCUAGUCUCCAAUCUAUUCCGAAAAGCAUUUACGAUCAACUUCGGGAACAGCAGUGGACAGACAUGGACUGUUAUGAAUAUUUCACCUGCCUUGAAAAAUUCAUGGAAUUCGAGAGCACAUGGCUUCGUCACAAUGGCUGGAAGGAGCAAAAAAUACAGGAGUGGAAUGAAGCAUGCUGGAGAUUCUAUUUUGUGCCGGGUAUUAAAGAAAAAGAUCCCAAGGAUCACCAUUUUCAAAUGGCUCUUGCGGCUCAACGAAGCACCGUACCACGUGUGCUGCUUUGCGAAGAGAUGGACGCGCGAGCGGAAUGA